AUGUCAGAAAAAUUUAAACAAAAUCGAAGAAAAUUUGAAUAUCAAGGAAGAACUAUAUAUGAAUGGGAUCAAUCAAUAGAAGAAAUUAACAUAUAUAUUCAACCUCCACCAGGUUUAACAUCUAAAAUGGUUGCAUGUGAAAUUACACCAACUCAAUUAAUUUUAGGUAUUAAAGGUAAUCCACCAUUCAUUAAUGUAAAUAUUCAUCCCACUCCACACCACUUCACCCCACCCUAUCCCCCAAAUGUCAACACCUAA